AUUAUCACUUCUUAACCCUUUCUGUUCUGUGGUCCCAACUUUGUUGUCUUUAUUUUCAAAUGAUUCAAUCGUUCAUGUGAUUAAUUCGAAAUUAGAAUGUCGGGGCAAAAACCAGCGUUGAAAAACGCAAUCGCGCAAAUUUUGAGUUGUGCCCUUCAGCCACACUCGGAUAUUCAGCGAUUAACGGAAGAGCGCAAGAAGGCUCUGGAAAUGACCGAAGAUUAUCCCUUUAUCCUGUUGGAGAUUAUCCAAAGCAAGGAGGAAGCGUACGCUGAGAAGCUAAUGGCAGCGACGUUUCUCAAAAACUACGUUGCGGACAGUUACGGGGCCAAGGAAUUCGUCGCCCUGAACCCAAACCUGAGACAGAAGCUGAGCCUGACGUUGAUCGAGUUAUUAUCACACGAGAAUGAUGUUAUCAGACAGAUGGUUCUCUCCUCCCUUGAACUCCUAGUCGUGAACGAGUAUCCAAACCUCUUCAGUGUCAUAAAUAACAAAGUCAUGAGUUAUCUCCUGAGCGAGAACAUGCUGGAAGUGACUGGGGCCAUCCAGUUUAUGAGGGGGCUGGGUUGCAACCAGAAAAUCUUCUGUAGCGAGAAUAUGUACUUUCCGCCCGAGUACAUCGAGCCGCUUUUGAACGUGCUCCACAACGAGAACUUUCCUAUGGACUUGCGAGCGGCCACUAUCUCGUGCAUGGUCCAGAUCCUCAUCAGUUGCAAGAAAACGCCGCUUUUUUCGGCCACUAACUCCCGUCUGACUGAGGUUUUCCAAAAGUUGUUGAGUGAGCCCUACAGCCGUUCGAACGAUUUUAAACUAAGGGGCGAAAUAAUCAACCAAAUCUCGCACGCUGUUGUCAACUUAUCGGACUCCGUUUUGGAGCUAGUGACUCGCUGUUUGCCUGCCAUUGGGCAAAUAAUGUUCAACUGUUGUCUCGAGUUCAAGGAGAUUAUCACGGGGCACAAGCAAGUGCCCCGCGAUGCUCAUGAGACCGAGCCUGAAAAUUUCAACCAACUGAUCCUGAACAUCUUAAUCCUCAUUAACAAUAUUUUCGUUUUGCCGAACUAUUCGUCCCUUUUGACCGAUGGUUUGAACGAUUUUAUGUAUUUAUUGUUUAUCCUGAUGUGUGCGUAUGAUAACGUCGAGGAGACGCUUUUUACGGAAGAAAACCUUGAUAUAAGCCCCGAAAUCGACUAUACAUUGCGUGGCCGCUGCGGGCACACUUUACUGGUUUUUAUGGACCGGUGCGAUUAUGGCAAAUUUUGUGCCUCGUUUCACCACGUGUUGCAGAAACAUAUAGCCGAGGCAAACCUGGCAAGGGUCAAUUCCGAGGUUUACUAUAACCGGAUUUUGGAAGUGCUGAUGUUCGGGGUUGGGCUUUUGAGCUACGUUUUUGAAGAACCGGAGCAGAGUUUUUUGUAUUAUAUUGAACAUUGGUCGAAUUUGUUGCUUGAGCAGGGCCCGGAUUGGACUGUUUUAGGGAGGCUGCUGUGGGUGGGCAGCAAAUUCAGCACGCACCUGACACCAGUCACUUUGAGUCGGCAUUUGAAUGCCAUUUUGGCAAAUUAUAACUCGCAAAUUAGUGCCCUCCGAUUGGCCUGUUUGGAUGCAAUUAGGUCGCAUCUCUCAACACUCAAAUCCAACCCCCACCGAAUGGUAUUCUCAAAUUCUCAAACCGGAAUAACUGAAUGUUUGUUCAGUAUUUCGGUUUUUUCGCCAACGAUGUCAAUCCUGUGUCUUGAAGCAAUGGCCUAUUUUUUUGAGUUUUCACCCGAAAGUGCGGCUCGUAACUCGCAACGUAUCAUGCAGGUUAUUCUAGACUCGCUCUAUUCGCACAUUUCGAACGCUAGCGUGAUCCGAGAGGUAAAGUUUCUCCUAAGUAAAAUCGUGGUGAAUUCGAGUUGUAAAGACAUAGUCCAGGAUAGUUUCAUUCCGUUUACGAUAAAACUGAUUUAUAAGAGUUGUCCCAGUCCUUUAAGCCUGAAAGUUGACGUUCCGGAACGCGGAUUUGAUUUAUUGAACACUGUGGUGAAGUUUUACCCCGAAACAAUUGACAAUAACGUGGUGCUUCAGGGGUUCUUGGCUGCGUGUAACUGUAUCCUGGAUUUUAACGAAAGUAGCAUUAUGGAAGUUGCUACCAUUUUCAUUAGUAAUAUUUUGAUGAAAGCGUCCUUCCAAAUUAAAACUUUGAGGGACAUCAAGGGCAAAAUCCUAGCUGAAUAUGUACCUGACGUUCUGUUUAAACUACUAGAACCGUAUCCACAAGAAGCCGUUUGUCCGUCGAAAUUCGGACGCUUGUGCGUUAUCAGUAUUAUGACACUACCUGAGCAAAUCCAACCCUGUAUUGAAUCAAUACUUAAGGCCCUUCUCAGUGCGUUGCAACGAACGAAUUGUCGCGAUCCAAUCAAAAGUUACUGUUUUAUUUUCGCUUACAUGUUCAUGUGGCAAACUGAAAGCAUUGUUAAUUUCCUAUCGGGGAUUCCCGGGCCGGACGGUUGCAGCGCCUUGUCUUAUUUCCUAAAUAAGUGGCAAAUAAACAUGCUACAUUGUGAGAAGUUCGAAAAGAGUAUAAUUACUUUAGCUUUAUGCAAAAUGAUUGAAUACUCAUUUACGCAAAAAGACGACAGGAUUAACGAAUGUAGGAUACAUCUGGAAGCACCAUUCAACGACGAUUGUUCAGGCCUUGAGAAACUCUACUUGUGCCUAAUCAAAAUAUUAUUGAGCGAAGUUGACGGCGAUUGUAAAUAUUAUCGGGAAACAGACGAAGUAAUUAACGAUGUGUUAGUCAAGAAUCAUCCAGUUUGUGAUUUAGAUUUAGUGGAACAUAUAAAAUCAUUCAUCGGGAGCUACAAUACGCACCAUUAUUACAACGUGGUGAAGAAAUUUAUACAAAAGUCCGAGGAAAAUGUGCUUCGAGAGUUGGAGAAAAAUAGCAAGCCGGCCACUUUAUAGCUUUGUUAUGCGGAAGUAAAAUUAUCGUUGGGGGAGCCUCUGAGUUAGGUCGAAAACAGUAACCAUAAACGGCGGGAAAUUGUUCCAUAUAAGUGAUCCAUCACAUAGUCUUUAAUUACACAACUGUUUAAUAACACUUUUUAAUUUUUUUUGCUUUCAAAUUCCAACAAUAAACACUUUCUACCAUCAAAAACCGCAAACCAAAGUCAAAACUAGUCUUUACUGCCAUACACUUUUAGAGUGAUUCUCUCUAAUUUAAGUAAUUAACACUAUACACGCAAAAUUGUUAAACCAUUCAUUAAAUGUGGAAUUACGAAAAUUUCGUUACUGUUUUCGACUUAGUUCAAAAGGCGUCUAGUUAAUUUUAUUUCCGAUCUAGUCACGUGAUUAUUACCCCACUUUUAUACUUUUUUAAAUAAACGAUUUUUACGAAUAACUUUAUUUUAUUACGCAAUAUAAAACAAUACGCGCUAUCAGUCGUGACGUCACCUCCCCACUCUUAUUACGGUAGGUCAGUUGCUCAAAGCUAAACAACCAGUCUUUUACAUGUGGUGUAAUACGUUUUUCGGUUUUUUGGUUGUGUUUGUGCGUUAAUAACGUGUCAAAUAGCUGCAGCGGGUGUAAUUUGUGCCACUAGAGACUUUAAUUUAAUUUAGAAGUGACUUUUUGUGAAAAUACGAACUUUAUAAAAGAAUACAGGGAACCACGUUGUCGGUGAGAAAUGGCAGAAAAGCACAUUGUUAAGUUUCACUUUAUUGCGAAAUUUUUUGGGGACGGUAAUCGCUUUUUAGUUCGGGGAGAAAAUGCUUUUACCAGCGGUCACGUCACCAAAUUUAGGUUUGAUGGCACAGUACAACCGAUGAGAAUUUCUGCAGAAGUUCUACCGAGCAUGAAAAAGCUAAAUUAUACUGUGGAGAUUUCAUAUGACCUAGAAGAAGGGGUUAAGACGGCACAUUGUACCUGCCCAAGGGGCAACGUGGCUUGCCAUCAUAUGGCUGCAGCAUUAUAUUAUGCUCAUUAUAAUGUAAGUGCUACUGACAUUGAGUGUCAGUGGAGUGCCCCAUCAAAAACAACACCACAAACAGAAGUCAUUAAGUUAGCUGAUGUUUACAAGCCGAAAUUAUCAAACUAUACGGCACUGUCUAGGUCCUCUACUGAGGACGAAAUUAUUCAGUUCCGUGCCGAAAUAGGCGUCACGAAUGUGGUGGGCUUCACUUGGCUCCUAAGACCAGAAGCAAGUGAAGAAGCCAGAAAAAUUAUUGCAGAUAUCGAAGAAAUUCUACAAAGCUUAGAAUACGUGCAGGCCAUAGACAAACAAAAGUUUCUUUUGGAGAAGUGCAGAAUAGAUGAGGCACGCAUUAAACUGGUUGAGGCGUGCACUCGGGGCCAACAUGUUAACGAAAAUUGGCAUGUAGCAAGGAAACAUCGUUUAACGGCCAGCAGGUUUGGCAUGGUACUAUCUGCUUGCAGUAGACGAAGAUUCCCACCCUCUUUAUUUAAAAAUUUGGCGGAAGGCUAUUCGCUUGACAGGGUUGCUGCUGUGCAGUGGGGUAAGACCCACGAGAAGACAGCGCUCAGAGAAUUUGAAGAAGCGACGAAUCUUAAAGUCCAAGAGACGGGAUUUUGGUUGGAAGAAUCAGGCUUUUUGGGAGCAAGUCCUGAUGGAUUAGUGGAAGAAGAUGGGAUUCUCGAAAUUAAAUGCCCAUAUAAAUAUAGGGACACUGACAGUUUGUCUGAAGCCCUGAAGGAUAAAAAAUAUUUUUAUUGGAGGGAUGAAAAUGAGGACAUUAAUCUUAACAGCAAUCACAAUUAUUACCACCAAGUACAGGGGCAAAUGCACAUCACUGGUCGAAGUAUCUGCUACUUUGUCGUGUGGACACCAAAGUGCACAGAGAUAUUUCAAAUUGAAAAAGAUCCGGGGUGGUCAGAAAAUAUCAAUAUUUUAAAAGAAUUUUAUCUUGACCAAUAUAUUUCCUUUAUUUCACAAUAAUAAACUGUAUAUAAAUA